CCAAUCAUUAGAGUAUUCGGAAUUUUUAUUUUAUCCGAUCUGGUCUUAUCAGGAUUAUAUGAAAAACGUUUAUUGAAAUAUUUAUUUGAUACUACACGACCAGAUGCACAUAAUCCAAUUGAACGUCCAUCGGCGAAUGAUACUGAAACAUUGAAUGUUAGUGUGAAAUUUUUUCUAAAUCAAGUAAUGGAUGUGGAUGAAAAAAAUCAAGUACUGACAACAAUUAUAUGGAUGGAUUUAAUAUGGAAUGAUUAUCAUUUCUUAUGGAAUCCUAAAGAAUUCGGUAAUAUAACUACACUAAAUUUACCGUAUACAGCAGUAUGGAGACCAGAUAUUCUAUUGUAUAAUUGUGCUGACGAGAAAUUCGAUCGAACAUUUCCAACAAAUACAAUUAUCAAACAUGAUGGUACAGUUCAAUGGAUGCCACCUGGAUUAUUUAAAUCCACAUGUAAUAUAGACAUUUUAUGGUUUCCAUUUGAUGAACAGAGUUGUAUAUUGAAAUUUGGAAGUUGGACAUAUUAUGGUGAUCAAAUUAAUUUUCAAUUACAAUGUAUCAAUGCUUCACAACCUGAUUGUACACAAGUUGGGACAGUAGAUAUAUCGGAAUAUUCUCGUAAUGGAGAAUUUCAUCUUAGCGGUUCCUCAGUUCGACGUUAUGCUCAACGUUAUGAAUGUUGUGAUUAUGAUUUUGUUGAUGUGAAAAUUGCUAUCACCCUACAACGACGUGCAUUGUAUUAUGUAUUCAAUUUAAUUGUGCCUUGUCUAUUGAUUUCUGGUAUGGCGUUGAUGGUGUUCAUGUUACCACCAGAUGCUGGUGAGAAAAUUUCAUUAGGUGUCACUAUUCUCUUAUCAUUGACAAUGUUUUUACAACUUGUUGCCGAUAAACUUCCACAAACAUCAGAAGCGAUACCUUUAAUUGGUAUUUACUUUUCAUGUACAAUGUUUAUGUGUUCACUGUCCAUUGUAUUCACUGUACUCGUAUUAAAUUAUCAUCAUAGAUCAGCGGAUGGUGUUUCAGUUCCAGCUUGGAUUAGAAACAUUGUCAAUACAUAUUUAGCGAAAUUAUUAUGUAUGGAACCACCAAAACGUUCACAAAUAAUUGAAGUUGAAGAUAUUCUCUCAUCUGUUAGUGAUCAUUCUAUGGAUAGUUGUUCUGAUAUAAAAAAACCACAAGUAGAAGUAGGUGUCGACGAUGGUGAUGAAGAACAAAAUCUGGGCGUUAAAACAAUGUACGGUUGGAAGUACGAUACUACUAUAAAUAAUAAUAACAGUAGUAGUAAUAUUAAUCCUAUUUAUAUGAAAAAACAAUUUUCAACAAAUUCACAACUAGGCGGUAUGAAUGGACAUUUGAAGCCGAUGGAGAAUAAUUCAUGGAAUGUGGAUCGUCAGCUACAUAAUGCUCCACCAUCUUAUGAACAACGUACAACCAAGAAUGUCAUUGCAAAUAUUAUCGAUUUGGAAAAUGAUUUUCGUGCCAAUGCACUUUUAACGAAUCAUAGUAAAUCAUCGAUCCAAAUCAAUGCAAAACAAACCAUCAUCGGAAAUAAUAGUCACAGUUCUAAAUUGAAAAUCACUUCGAAUGAUCUAGCCUCAUUGUCAUCAUCAUCACCGACCACCAUGUUAAAUCAUCAAUCGUCAACAGGACAAUCACCUUAUCGUAUAUACAAUUCAGUGGGUAAUUUCAAUGCAGAACAUGGACAAAAUCCAUUUUCCGAUCAACUCAAUAGUAGUGAUGAGGCAUCGAAAACUAACAUUUCCAAUAAUUCCCAACCUGAAUUCAAUAACCAAUCACCAAUCAACAGUACUAAUGCAUUCAACGUAUACAAACCAGAUUUAGAAGUAAUCAUAACGGAAUUACGUUUUAUCACUAAAAAACUACGUGACAAUGAACAAGAGGCGUUGAUGAGUUUAGAAUGGAAAUUUGCAGCACGUGUAAUUGAUCGAUUCUGUUUAAUAAUAUUUAGUCUGUGUAAUAUUGUAGUAACUUUUGCAAUUUUAUGCUCAGCACCAAAUCUAGUCGCAUCGUUUAUGCCUUAAACUUUGUUUUUUUUUUCUCUCUCCGAUUGAUUUCGUUUUUUGUAUUUAGGCAAAAAAAAAAUUUUGGUGUCUGUGUGUGUGUGCGUGUUCUAUUUUGUAUCAAACCACCAGAACAGCCUUAGUUAGUUAUAAAUUUUUUUGUAAGAAUUGUAAAACAGCCAAAGUAGUUAGUCAUUUGGUUGAUC